UCUGCCGCAAUGAUGCUCGCAGCUUUCUUGUUAGACCUCAAUAUCAGACUCGCGGGAUUAGGUGAGCUCUUAGGUGCAGUCCGAUAAUAGGACCGAGAAGGAUGCUCAAGAUGCAAGUCGAGAGCUAGGAGGUCUUGUAGGAGUUCUUUAGGCUGCAAUCGUCUUUGGGUAUCUGUUCAAGGUAGGUGCGAAAUUGAGUCCCACUCAUGACUGCCUCGUGCGCCAUGUGACGAGACGAUGGUCAAGAUCGACUUAUACACGUCCGUUACCAGACCGUGGAAGCUCUUCUUGUGGCGUGUUAUGCUCACUAACGACUGAUAUACCCCGUAGAAACAUGGAGCAUAGAUCUGUGCCAUAGUCUCUGAUGUUUCCAGGGCACGACAUAUUUGAGGUAGAGCUGUAUAACCUUAUGUUUUAGUCUCGUAUUUCCGGUCUUGAGGGAAUGCCGAUAACGUUGAGUCCUCCCAAGAAGCACGAGGAGCGGUUUUCCAAAAGUGGAGCGGAUAAAGCUGUCAGCCUUGCCAGCAUCAGGCCUAAACAGAGCUUCGGACACGGUGUCGCUUGCAAUGAUGGUCCACAGAGAAUUGCGUUCAAGCUCUAGCGGUCAUCCGCGCUGGACAUAGCAUAUAUGCUACGCUCUGCCUACACAUAAAGGUGUAGAGUAUGGUUAAGGUAAUGUACUCCGAGUAGAGAAGAAAAACACGUGAUGAUUGACAACCGUUGUAAUGACGCCUGAGUGACAGACGGAAGUUGGCUCCGAGGAGGGAGCUGCGCCCCGUAACGAGGAUUUCCAUAUUUGCCGACACCGAC